UGAUGGAUCAGUCUCCACCGAGCACACGAUGUAACAAAGCAGCCGCGGACUCCCCCAGCGAGUGUGUUCUCUCCCACGGUCCGUGGAGGCAGCAGCAGGGGCGUGCAGUAUGGCGGACGAUGGAGACACUUGGAGCGGACCCGCGGACGCCAGCGACGGGCAGGACGCAGCGGAGGAGUCGGACGGGCUCGGCCUCGGCGGCAUGUUGCUGAACGUCGGGCUGCUGGUGGCCGUGGCCGCGGUGUGCGUGGCGGUGUACCGGCGGUGGGCCCGGCGGCUCGGCCCCGACGCGGCCCAGCGCGACGAGGCCUCGGCUCUGCCCAAGAUGAGGAGACGGGACUUCGAGCUGGAGCAUCUGCGGGAGUACGACGGGCUCCUCAACCCGCGCAUCCUCAUGGCCGUCAACAUGAAGGUGUUCGACGUGACCAGCGGGAGGAAGUUCUACGGGAAAGACGGUCCUUACGGAGUCUUCGCAGGCCGGGAUGCUUCGAGAGGCCUGGCCACCUUCUGCCUGGAGAAAGACGCCCUGAGGGACGAGUACGACGACCUGUCCGACCUCAACGCCGUGCAGAUGGAGAGCGUGAGGGAGUGGGAGAUGCAGUUCAUGGAAAAAUACGACUACGUGGGGCGGUUGCUGAAGCCGGGGGACGAGCCAUCGGAGUACACGGACGAGGAGGACAUCAAGGACCAUCUGAAACACGACUGAGCGGCUCCAUCACACCGACCAAAGCCAGGAGCCCCAAACAGCUGCGACAGACCCCCCCCCCCCCCCACCCAGACGUCCUCCUCCUCCUCUCACUCCAUCGACCUACCUGCCGCUGUCUUGACCUGCCCUGCCCCGACCUCCUGCUGAAUCUGUCCGGUGCCGCGGCUGUUCUCAAAGGACAGGACUCAAGUCUCACCGCCCAGGCCUCCCUCCCUCCCUCCCCC